GAACCGCAGGAGACCUAACCCCUCCGGACGCUGCACUACUCCGGUACCUGCAGCCGUCACCACUUUCGAAGGUAAAUACCUCGGGGGCGGCUGUGACGUCAGGCCCAGAGCCCCGCGCCUCCUGGCGGUCGGGCCCCGAGGCUGGGCAGGUGGCGCCCCGAGGCUGGGCAGGCGGCUCCGUUGGCGCAAGCCGCUAGACGCCCACGCCUCGUUAUUCCACCUUGGCCAUGUGACUGGGCAGCAACGCCUUCGAGGCGCCCCGGGAAGCGAGAACGUCCUGAAGCAGGAACGGCUGUCCAGAGGGUCCCCCAUACCGCAGCUCCGGCCCGGACCUCCCUCGGGGGCGCCCCGACUCGCCUCCCUCGCAGCCAGAGUUUUCUUUCGGUUUUGCGGGACAUUCUUGCUACCCCCUUGGACGGAGCCCAGAGUCGGGGCCAGCGCUGAGGAAGCAGCUCCGCCUGCGGGGCUUUCCCUACCGCGGGGGCGGGGGACAGCGGCGCGGGCUCGGCGGUUCGGUUCGGCUCCGGAUGGCGCGAGCGCGGGGCUGGAGGACGGCGUCUCCGCGCGCCCCCGGCCCGGCCGAGUCUCCUCCAGAACUCGCGAGCCGAGACAGAAGCGGGAGCCUCUGAGAAAUCAGCGGCGCGUCGCACUCCCUGUCCUCCAGACUCCGAGGUGCCCGGAGAUGAGGCGGGGAUGGGGACUUCCGCCCCGCGCCCUGCUCCUGCUGCUGGUGCAGGUGACUCUGCCAGGUGAUGGCAACGAGGGCAGUGUCGCUGGAAGUUGUCACUGUAGUAAAACAUUAUCUUCUGACUUUCAUGCGGGGAAACGAUUCAUGGAGCAUUUCCGAAAAUAUGGAAAAAUCUACCAUCGCUGUCCGUUGUACAUCAGGUUUGAGCUUCGUUCCCAGAGUGUGUGCGGGGACAGCCGAGACCAGUGGGUCCUUGAAGUGAUGAGCUGCUUUGAUAGCGGAGAGUGUGGACAUGCUUAUCGGGAGAAAGUGGUCCAUCAGAAGCAUUUGUCUCCCCACGGCACCCCAAUUCCCAGACCCACAGAGGGGGAACCUCCAGACAGAAGCACGCCUCCCCAGAAGUACCCGCCAUCUGCCUCGAAGUCUACCCCAAAGCCUACCCGUCUGCCAGGGACACUGUCCUUGGAUAAAGGGCUCAGCCACUUCAGUGAAACCACCACUCCCACUGUGGGCUACAGUCUAGAAACUGGGCAUCAGGCUAAGGAGAACCAGAAAGAUCUGAAAGAAAAAGCAAGUGCUACUGGUGGACCAUCAUCUCUGGUGCCAGUACUGUCCCUUCUGGGCAUUGUCUUCUUCUUGAUUGGAAUCAUAUCCUAUAUGAAAUGCAGAAGGAACAGGGAACAGCCACAACAGUACACUCAAGCUGUUACGGCUUAUGUCUAGAUAUACCUCCAAAGCCAAAUGCAGUCAUAGGUGGCACUUUCCUGAAGUGGCUGGAUCUAAGGUGUGUGAUGCUGGGAUCAUGGAUGUGAUGCUGGGGUUGACUCAUGGCACAAUGCUAGGGUUAAGGGUGCUUCACGCUGAGUAUGCCACUUGCCCUAAAGAUGAGUAGCCUGGAUAAGACAUAAGAGACAGAAGGAGGGUUGCUGUGCUCACUGCUUAUCACUUACUGCUUGCUGUUUGAUGGCUGCCUUCUGCCUGCCCUACUUUGCCAUGGAGGGGGCCUGCCCCUUAGCUCAGUUCUUUAAGUGGCU